AUUGCAGCCCGCCCUGUCCCUAGCGCUGACCAAUGACCGGCGCGCUCGGGCCGCUUCCGGCACCGCGCCUUGCUCUCCCCUUCCCCACGUCUCCCCGCGACGGGAGGGGCGCGGGGGAGGGUGUCGGCCUGGGUGACGCGCCGCGGGCCGGGAGCCAAUAGGGGGCGGGCUCGGCGCUGAUGGACGGAACCAGCGGCCAGUGGCGAGGCGCUGGCCGCACUUCCCGUCGGGGAGAGAGUGUAAUAUGGCGAAGACCUACGAUUACCUGUUCAAGCUGCUGCUGAUCGGGGACUCGGGGGUGGGGAAGACCUGUGUCCUGUUCCGCUUCUCCGAGGACGCGUUCAACUCAACUUUCAUCUCCACCAUAGGAAUUGACUUUAAAAUUAGGACCAUAGAGCUCGAUGGCAAGAGAAUUAAGCUACAGAUAUGGGACACAGCUGGUCAGGAACGGUUUCGGACGAUCACAACGGCCUACUACAGGGGCGCAAUGGGCAUCAUGCUGGUCUAUGACAUCACCAACGAGAAAUCCUUUGACAACAUCCGGAACUGGAUUCGGAAUAUUGAGGAGCAUGCUUCUGCAGAUGUCGAAAAGAUGAUACUCGGGAACAAGUGUGACGUGAACGACAAGAGACAAGUGUCCAAGGAACGGGGAGAGAAGCUCGCCCUGGACUAUGGAAUCAAGUUCAUGGAGACCAGUGCGAAGGCCAACAUCAACGUGGAGAACGCAUUUUUCACUCUCGCCAGAGACAUCAAAGCAAAAAUGGACAAAAAACUGGAAGGCAACAGCCCCCAAGGGAGCAGCCAGGGAGUCAAAAUCACCCCAGACCAGCAGAAGAGAAGCAGCUUUUUCCGAUGUGUUCUUCUGUGAGGAGCACUGCCUUACUCUGAGCCUCGCUCAGCUGAGCUGACUGUGCCUGUCCUGAGCGAGCCCCUCGCUCGGCCGGGGGCCCUCCCCCCCCAACACUCCCUGCCGUGCCGCGGCCACCGGGCCCAUGGCCACCAGACACAGUUGAGAAAUUGUUGAUUUUAGUAACUGUCUGAUCUUUUUUCAACUUUGGAGAUGGAAUGAGUUAAGGAUUUGCUAUUUUUCUGGUCUGCGGAACGGGCCCUCUCACCACGUGACCAGAGAGGAAGCUGGAGCAGAGCCGUGGCCGCCAACAUCAGCCAGCACGGUGGGCCUCUGUCUCCAGGCCUCCCUGCAGCACAACCGAAGCCCCACCGGAAAGCCCGUCCACGUCCCCACCACAGAAGCCAGGCCCCGGAGCCCAGCGACGGUUCCAGGAGUGCUGGGCCCCCACACCCUGAGCGAGGCGAUGCAUGCCGGGCCCACAAAGCGUCCAGCCAGCACAUCUGACGCCUACCUUCUCCUCUUCUGUCAGUUUUGGACAAGUGACAAAAACCAUUCUCUUCCCCCCCCCCCCCCUUUCUCUUCUUAACUGUCAAGCCAGACCAAAGGGAAGCACAAAUUACGGAAAUCCUGAGGAAAGGAGCGUGGGGGGAGCCCUUCCUGUUUCACAGCCGGGUGCUGGUCUGCAGUCCAGCCUCGGCCGGCUCCGUGGGCCUCUCUCGGCAUUCCCCGCCUGAGCACCGAGGGGACGCCACGCGUGACCCCGAAGACGCAACCAACCACGCACGGGCCACCUGUGAUUGGGGCAUCUGUCUGCCUCUGGGCCCCCGGGCAGCUCCCCCCGCCCCCCGUCCCCCGCGUCCUCUUCCCUCCUGCUGUCUCCAAACUGGACGUUCUUUCUAGCUGAGAUUUUUUAUUUUUCCAGAUCUGUAGUGCCAUGAAGUGAUUCCGUCUUUGAUUUCCAGCGGCAGACCCAGGUGCUUGGGAGCCCGUGCGCACCUCUGGCCGGACGUGGCCAAGAGCGUGAGGCCGCGCUCGGCGCUGGCCGAGGCCCAAGGCGACAGGCUGGCCGCAUAGCAGUCGGAGUUGGUUUUUAGCUGCCGUCACCAGGUUCUGUUGUGACAGCUCUGCCCUCCUGUAGAGACUGUGCAAUUGGACCAGGUAGCCAGGUCGGAGAGGCGUCACCAGGGAGCCUUUAUGUUUUCUUAUCCUUCCCCCCACUCCCUGCCACCCCCACCCCCCCCGCCCCGCCCCAAGCUGCUGUCAGUCCAAGCCAUUGGCGUUGUAGUUUCUUCUUUUUGGAAUUAAAACCAACAUACCAGCAAUAGUCUGCUCUCCCCUGAAAUUUCUUAACAUGCUCUGUUUACAUUGAUAAAUGCACUUAAGGAAAACAAACAAAUUAAAGCUCGUUUUAAAGUUAA